AUGUUGCAUAACAACAUAGGAGAAGAAAAGGUGAAGGCGAAGAAGUCUCUCGCUUCUCCCCUCGACGAUCGACGAUGUCUCUUAGUGGUCUUGUCGACGAAGUCUCUCGGUCCUCGCCUCGUCGAAGAAUCUCGUCAGUGGGUUUCGUUGAGGAAGAAUCACCGUCCCUCUCCUCGAGGAAGAAUCGCGGUCCCUCUCCUCGAAGAAGAAUCUCAGUGCCUCUCAGCGACGGAGGAUGACGGUGGCUUUCCUCGUCAGAGAAAAUCUGUGGCUCUCCUCCACGAAGAGAAUCGUCGGUUGCAUGCUGAGUUUAAUCAAAGGUAA